CACUUGACUUGACCUCACUUUGACAGAUGUUAACUUGUCUGCACCCCUGAAGACGGUACUCGUUUAAAAGCAAAGAUGGCUGCAAAGAUGUCUUUUCUUCUCUGUCUGAUGCAAGGUGUCCGGUGUGUAGACUGGGGUGUCUCUGUGUCCAAGAAUGUGGAAGUCAUGGCGGGAUCCCUUCUGACUCUCCACUGUGUGUUUGAGAUACCGAGUGAAUUUGAAAAGGACCUGAAUUCCAGAUGCAAAACAAAAUGGGGUAGUAAAGACACCAUUGAUUCAAAGUUAACGGCAGCUAUAAAAACAACAGGAGACGUAGCAAAGAAAGACUGCACCACAACCUUCGAUAACUUGUGUCCUCAUCACUCUGAUACAUAUUACUUCAGACUGGAAUGUCGCAAUCGCCUGAAAUGGUCUUUUACAGAUACACUGGUGAAUCUUGUUGUGAAAGGUAAGUUCAAAAAGCAAGUGAAAAUUACCAACAUUUCUGCUCACUUAUCAAUCAGUAGAAAUGUUCCCUCCUUCUUUUCAGAGAAUCCUCGCACACUGACUCUGAACUCGUCCACUCUGGAAGUGAAGGAGGGAACCUCAGUGAGUCUGAGCUGCUCUGCUCCGGCUGCCUGUCUGUCUCAUCCUCCAACUCUGACGUGGAUCUCCACCCUGGAAGACAGUCAGAGGAUACUGCAGGAGAAUCAGGACAAAACUAACGUGACUUCUGUUCUGAGCUUCACUGCUUCUCACCUCCAUCACAGAAAUAAUUUCUCCUGCAAAGCUGUCUACAGAAAACCAGAUGGACAUCCUGAUGAACCUGUUACCAAAGGUUUAACAGCUGUUAUUUCAUAUUCGCCUAAAAACACCAAAGUCAGUCCAUCUGGUCCAGUACCAGAGAACACAAAUGUGACUCUGGCAUGCAGUAGUGAUGCCAACCCUCCAGUAAAGAGCUACACCUGGUACAGAGCUGAUGGAGACCAGGAGACUGUUAUUGGGACUGGACGUGUUUUAACCAUCACAGCAUCAACUGUUAGCAGGUUCUUCUUCUGCAAAGCUGGAAAUGACCUCGGAGAUGAACGCUCUGAAAACUAUGAAUUAGAUGUUCAGUUUCCUCCACAGAUCCUGCUCUCAUCUGGCUGCACCAAAACUGCAGACCAGUUCAACUGUUCCUGUGAAAUUACAGGAAAUCCUUCUCCUUCUGUACAUUGGCAUUUGGAUGGACAACCUGUUAAUCAAUCUGACACAUUUGUCGCCAUCAACAAGUCAACGAACGACACACAUGUGAGGAGCAUCAUCACAGUGAAUCACCCACAGGAGAGAGAUCUUUUAACUUUGCUCUGCCGCAGCGUCAACUCUCUCGGAUCAGCCAGUCACCAGUUUCCAGUUAACAGUCUACAGUGCCCAGCAGAAAGUCAAGAUGGAGUGUUGUUGCCUGUUUUCCUCAGUACAUUGGGAGUUGUAUUAGCAGUGUGUUUCCUGCUCUGUUUUAUAAGGGCUCUGAAUAAACACCGUCACCACAGUAGCCAUGUCACAGGGGAAACCAUCACUGCUGCUUCUGGUGAACUAACAAGAGAGGAAAAUGAGACAAAAGAGAAUGACAUUUAUGUCAACUGCAGUGAAAUGAGACAAGAAGCUGCUGCCCAUUCUAUUGCUGGAUCUCAGUUAAACAGCUCCCACUCACCGAACCCUGGGAAUGCAGAAGAUUUGAUUUAUGCCGAUGUGAAAUGGACAAUAAAGAGCAAGAGAAAGAGGAAUGAGACCUCUGUGGACACAAAUCCAUCUGGUAGCUCCUAUCUGGAUGAGAUGAAGUGUGUAGCAGAGGGCAGCGAUUUUCUGAGCGAUGCGCUGGAGAUGGGACAUCUGUGUGAAGAAGUGAAGCCUAGAAAUGUGAAGAAAGUGGACUGUGAAUACGCUCAAGUUAAAUUUAAAAAGAAGGCUGCUCAGCUGACAUAACUACUUUGGCUCAGGCUUGGUGCUGAAAAAUAAUUGUCUUGAUCUAAUGUUAAAUCUCAUCAAGCAAAGCAUUGAAGAACCUAGAAUUAUUUACCUAACCUACGAAACAAAAAUUUUAAUAAUAACAGAAUGCUUAUUGCCAAACAGAUUAACAUCUUUUCUAUAUCAACCAUAUCAUAAAUGUAAUUUAGUAAAGGCCUCAGGUAAAACAAACAGUAAAAUUACAGCAAACAACAAGUUCAGCCUCACGACGGACUGCUGGACAGGAGCUCUGGUACCACCAUGAUGACACAAACUCUCAAGAAAAGGAAACUGUCCUUUUCCCCAGUCACCAAAACGAUCACACACAUAUGAACACGUAUAAGAGAGGAACAUACUCCCACAUCCACAGAAAUGUUUUAACACAAAUGUAAAACAUUAUGUGUAUUGUAAAUAAUGGUAGAAUAUGGUAGUAAAUAAUA